GAAAUACCGGAGGAGUGAGCAACAGACAGUGAUAGAGAGAGAGAGUUUAAGAUUGGAAGAGAAAGAAGAAAACCCUAAUUCGAGGACGUAAUUUGUAUCAAUCGAUGAAAAACCCUAGAAUCGCAGGCACAUCGUCAUCGACGUAGAUGCUUGUUGUCGCUGGAAUAUCGUGGGAUCUGAAUUGGUUCCUGCAGUUGAUAUUCUCCAUUCUCGUCGUUGCCGUUGGGUUGCACACCUUGGUGAAGAACACAGCUUCCAAGUACUUUGAGGUCGACGCCAAUUUCGAAGGGGAGAAUCAUCCUCACACUGCUCCAAUGGUCGGCGUUCUCGCCGCCGACGAUCCUAUUUGCGCCGUCUGCGCCACCCACGCCACCAAGAAGUGCUCCCGCUGCAAAGCCGUCCGAUAUUGCUCAAGAGAAUGCCAACAGUCGCAUUGGAACUCCGGGCAUAAGACGAACUGCAAGGAUGUUCGUGACACUGUUGCCAUAAGUUUGACUCAAAAUGGGGCAACUAAUGGUGGGUUUAGGGCUUCUGAAGCAGGGGAUAAAAGCUUGCCUUCAGUUGCAUUGGUACCUGGUUGUGGAACGUCCAGGCCAAUCAAGCAACCUAAAGAUGUUCUUUUUCCCUACGAUGAAUUUGUUAAACUUUUUAACUGGGACAAGCCAGGAUUUCCUCCUUGUGGACUCUUGAAUUGUGGAAACAGUUGUUUUGCAAAUGUGGUUCUUCAGUGUCUCUCAUUCACAAGGCCACUUGUUGCCUACUUGUUGGAGAAGGGUCACCGCAGAGAAUGCAGUCGUAAUGAUUGGUGCUUUCUAUGUGAAUUUGAAAAUCAUGUUGAAAGAUCAAGGCUAAGUUCACAGGCAUUUUCUCCAAGGAAUAUUCUCUCUCGUUUGCCUAAUAUUGGUGGUACUCUGGGUUAUGGAAGACAAGAGGAUGCUCAUGAGUUCAUGAGGUUUUCCAUUGAUGCUAUGCAAUCUGUUUGCCUUGAUGAAUUCGGUGGAGAAAAAGCUGUCCCUCCGAACCUUCAGGAGACAACCCUUAUUCAACACAUAUUUGGUGGCCUCAUUCAAUCUGAGGUGAUUUGCACAAAAUGUGAUAAGAUUUCAAAGCAGUAUGAAAAUAUGAUGGACUUGACAGUUGAAAUUCACGGAGAAGCUGCCUCGUUGGAGGAAUGUCUAGACCAGUUUACUAGCAAGGAGUGGCUUCAUGGGGAAAAUAUGUAUAAAUGUGACGGGUGCAAGGACUAUGUCGAGGCAUGGAAACGUCUUACUGUGAAACGUGCUCCAAAUAUUCUUACAAUUGCCUUGAAAAGAUUUCAGAGUGGGAGAUUUGGAAAACUUAACAAGAGAGUAGCCUUCCCUGAGACUUUGAAUCUCAGCCCUUACAUGAGUGAAGCCGGAGAUGGAUCUGAUAUCUAUAAGCUAUAUGCUGUUGUAGUCCAUAUUGAUAUGCUAAAUGCUUCAUUUUUCGGUCAUUACAUCUGCUACAUCAAGGAUUUCCAUGGAAACUGGUAUUGGAUUGAUGAUUGGAAGGUUAUGAAGGUGGAAUUGGAGGAGGUACUUUCUAAGGAUGCAUACAUGCUGUUGUAUAGCAGGUGUAAUGCCCGACCAUCAGGCCUUCAAAUUCAAACUAAUGAAUCUUCAGGGAUAGCAGAAGUGCAAACAGUCGAAGUGGAAGGGGAGCCUGCCCAAACUAAACAAGCUGAAUGCCUCUCAGAUGUGAAAACUUUGACUUGCCGUAGAGGUUGUGAUGUUUUGCCAUCUGAUGUUAGUCCAGAAUUGAAGGUUUCUAGCCAUGAAUACGAGUCUUCCACUGCAUUGAACUCAUAUGCCAAAACAGAGCAUUCUGAGGAUAUGGACAAGAUUGAUGUUGAGUCAACUGAUAUUGCAAAUGAGAUUUCUUGUAGUGCUGUUGAAUUGUCUUAUAUGCCUAUGUCUGAAGCUGUCGAAGAUUUGAUGGAUGUAGAUAUGGGAAGAUCUUUAGAAGAGACUUCAGGCUGCGCUGAAGAACAAGAUGAUACUGAUAUGGCUAGGUCUGGUCCUUCUCCGGGUUUGCCACAUGACCUUUCUUGCUUUGAUAAGCAUUCUUUUGUUUCAACGGAUUAUCAAAAUGAAGAGGAAGAUUCAGAACAUAUAGAUGUGGUUAACUUCAAGUUGAUAACAGCUAAAGAUAAUGCAUAUUAUGGCAAUGGGUAUGUCCGUGCAAACAAAUCCGGUAAUGAUGCUGGUACACUGUUUUCUAGCAAAGGAAAUGGAAUUGAGAAAGUGAAAAUAUCAGCUGACAAGUUAAUAAUUUAGGCGCAGCUAUUUUUGUUAUUUUUUCAUAUCAUUUGAUUAUCCCAUCAUCGAAAAUAUGUGGUGAGUUGGGAGAUUUUUGUCUGAGGUUUCAGUAUUUGGAGGAACCUUGGAUCUUAUUGUAACAUUUCUAGAUGGAUUCUCUAAUUUAAAUAUACUGAUAGAAUAUAACUGCUUUGUCCUUAUUUUUCUUCAUUCUUUGUAUAUAAGAAAAGCGUAAUUAUAAU